AUGAUAUUAACAUCAAUUAUAUUUUAUUAUUCAUAUGUUAAUAUAACAUAUGAAAAAUGGUUAAAAAAAACAAAUCCAAAAUAUCCAAGUCCAGAAAAUAUUCGAACAGAAAUUCUUUUAAUGUUAAAAGGAAUUUUUUCAGGAACAUUUUGUCCAUCAUUAACAUUAUAUUUAAUAUCAAAAAAGAAAAUUGAAAGUUAUUGUGGAAUUGAUCAAUAUGGUUGGAUUUAUUUCACUUUAUCUUUUUUUCUUAGUUGGUUAUUUGUUGAUUUAUUUGAAUUUUAUUAUCAUCGAUUGGGACAUAAAAUAGAUUCAUUAUGGAAUAUUCAUAAGUCUCAUCAUCAAUUUUAUAAUCCAUCACCAUUUUCCGUUAUAGCUGAAGAUUAUAUUGAUCAAAUCAUUGGUUCAUCACCAUUAUUAUUAAUUCCAUUAUUAAUUCCAAUAAAUAUUGAUUUACUUUUUUUUCAAUUUUCAAUAUUUUUUUAUGGUUAUGGAAUUUAUCUUCAUUGGGGAUAUGAGUUUUCCUAUCCAGAUGCUCAUCAUUGGUUAUUAAAUACAUCCUAUCAACAUUAUUUACAUCAUGCAGUAUCAACAAAGAAUCGUCCAUAUCAUACGGGAUUCUUUUUUAAAAUUUGGGAUCAAUUAUUUGGAAGUAUUUAUCCUGAAGAGAAAUGUUCUUGUGUUAAAUGUCAAAUAAAACAAGGAAAACGAACAAUUGAAGAAUUUCAUCGCAUUGAAAAACCAGAUUAUUCGAUUUUGUUGAAUUAUCGAUUUUGGAUUGGAAAAUAA